UUGAAAUUAAAAAAAAAGAAAAAAGAAAAAGAAUGUAAUAGUCAUUUCUCAUUUUAAAAAUUCGAUUCCCUUCUUUACCAUCUAUUCGCAGCAAUUGAAAGUUUGAGUAUCUGAGGGAAACCGAUUGUGCCUUUACUCCUCUCCAUCAAACACGAAAGGAAUUUAUGAUUGUUCACCUUAUUCCUUAAAUCCUCCUUCUUGAAUAUGGAUUCCUUUGCCAUUGCAACCUUCCUCUCAAAUCUGAAUUCCAAAACCAGGCUCUCCUCCUUGACUUCAAUCUUCUUCCUUUUCGUUGAGACCUUGCUCCCUUAAGUUCCUGGUUUCCCUGUUAUCGGACAUAUAGUCCUGUGCUUCCACUUCCACGCAUGUUGGACAAAGACAAAGGAGAGGUGAAGUCACAAUAUUUUGGGCAUAAACACCCACUGGUGUUCAAUGAAGUUCAUAGUGAAACGGCUCUCUGCUCUAGGUGUGGGGAAGUGAUGUCGGGUCCCAGUUUCAGCUGUGCGGAGUGUGGGUUUUACCUACACAAACAAUGUGCCGAGGCACCCUCGCAGAUUAAUCACCCUUACCAUCGUGACCACGCUCUUUGUCUUUUGCCAAGUCCAUAUGCGAGUAAAGGAUACGAGGGACGCUUAAUUUGCAACUUUUGCGGUGAAGAAGGUAUUAUGUUCGUUUAUCAUUGUUCUUGUAAGAUAGACUUACACAUCAAAUGUGCUUUAUUCACAUAUAACUUUGCCGAAAAGAAAUUUGGAGAGCUGAAAGAUAUUGCCUGCAAAGAUCCAUCGAUUUCUACUGAAAAUGGUAACAGAGAACUUGAAAAUGCUAAGUGCUUUUGGUGUUGGGAACGGUUGUUUGAUUCUGUUUACUGUUCUUUUGAUGGUGGAUUUAAUCUACAUAAGAAAUGUGUUGAGCUCUCUUUUGAAAUCAGUUAUCCAUGUCACCGCAAACAUCCUCUUAUUCUACAGUUUGGUGGUUCAAUUUUCUCUUGCAUGAUAUGCCAAGACACUAAACUAUCUGGAUUUCUUUAUUGUUGUUUACCUUGCAAUGUUGCGAUUCACGUUGCAUGCCUGUCACCGCCAUCUAUUGUUGAAGAUAAAGGUCAUCAACAUCAAUUCACUCCGUUUUUGAGGCAAAUGCUGUUCACUUGCGAUGCAUGUGGCAUUGAGGGAAAUUGUGUUCCCUAUAUGUGUUCAAAUUGCAACCUUCUAGUUCAUAAAAAAUGCAUUUCUUUGCCUGGCAUUAUCAAAUUCGAUAGGCAUGAACACCCCAUUUUCCACACAUAUUUCCUUCGAGGACAGGAAUUUGAAGACCGGGAGUGCGUAAUUUGCCUUGAUGGGGUGAAUACAGUGCAUGGGAGUUACUAUUGUUCAGAUUGCAACUUUGUUGUCCAUGUGAAUUGUGUUUUAGAGCUGAAAAAAUGGUACCACGUCAUAGAGUCAGAUGAGAAACUCGAUGAUGAUUCGACAUCGUUGUCCGAUAAUGAUUCGUUCACUGUUAUUGAGCGAAACGAAGGUGGAGAAGCCACAAGGAUCAAACAUUUCAGCCAUGCACAUAGCUUAUUGCUAAGUGACAAGAUCUUAGAGGAUGAUAAAUAUUGUGAUGGAUGCAUAUUAUCCAUCUCGGAUUCAUUUUAUUAUUGUUCGCAAUGUGACUUUUUUCUUCACAAAACAUGUGUUGAAUUUCCUAAGAAGAAGCGUCUUUGGUUUCGUUCAUACCAAAAACUCUUCAUCCUUGUUUCAGACUACAUUUUCAGAUGUUAUCAUUGUAGGUACGUGUGCAAUGGCUUCGCUUAUAAGCUUGAAGAAUGGAGGGAAUUUGUAUGCCUUCGAUGUGUGAUUCCCGAUGUUUUGACAUGUCAAGGACAUGAACAUCCUCUCUCUUUUGUUAUGGAGCAUGGAGGGCCUUGCAAUGCCUGUGGUGACAGGGAAGACUGGAAAUUCUACUGUAAGAGAUGCAAUUUUGCUUUGGAUUGGAAAUGUGUUACAUUACCACAUAAAGUUCGACACAAAUGCGAUGAACAUCUCCUUACACUCACUUACCAUGAGAAUAAUAAUUAUUCAAAAUAUCACUUUUGUGAUAUUUGUGAAAAAUAUAGAAACCCAAGUCAUUGGUUUUAUUACUGUGAAAUUUGUGACAAUUCUGCUCAUCCCGAAUGUGCUCUUGGAAGAUAUUCAUUUAUCAAAUUGGGGACAGUCAUCAGAAUAGAAGACCAUCCGCACUCUCUGGCUUUUGUCAAGAAAAUGUAUUAUUAUCCCAAAUGCUCUGUAUGUGGUCAUCCUUGUCAAGAUUUGGCUCUUGAAUGCGUGGAGUCUGGAUGCGAAUACAUCGUCGACGGGAAGUGUGCUGGAUUGGACAGUCUGGCAGAGUGGGGAAGUGGUUCCGCUUUGCUGAAAAAUGACAUUAACAUUCGAAAAUUGCGAGAAGACAGACAGAGUCUUCCUUGAUCGACAUGCAGUGUGCUCUUUAGAAGAUUCUGUAAACCAUAAUAUUUGAUAUUUCUUUUUUUUUUAAUAUUUUAGUUUGCAUUGUGUGUGUGUUUAUAAUAUUAUGGAUUAAUGUUUUUAUUUUUUUAUUUUAAGUUAUAUGAAUUUAACUAUUCAUAAACUUAAUUGUAAUGAACCCAGUUAAUUAUGAAUGAAUAUAUUUCAUG